CUACUUCCGGUGUUUCCAUAACGACGUGAUCAAGCUGAAGGUAAAGUCCUGUCAUAUCGGAUAUCAAAAAUGGCAGAUGCUGAUCCAGCAGCGGAUGGGGGUGAAAAAACUGGCGAGGAAGAGGCCAAGAGUACCCGUAGUGGCCCUAAAAGUCAGGGAGGGUCCAAACCUGCUUCUAGGGCUGGGUCUGCUCAGUCUGGAAAGAGUGGCAAAAGUGGAGCAGGAAGCAAAAAGAGUGGUGUCCCGCCAUCCCCAUCAGGGUCGACCAAGGAUAACCCAGCCGCUGAUUGGAGGAACAUGAGGCGUAUCAUUGCUGAGGAUUCAGAAUGGUCACUGGCUACAGUCCCUCUACUGGCAGAGCUUUGUGUGAAGCAUGUUGUAACAAAUUUUGAAAAUAACUCAAAAAUAUUAAAUGAUUUGCUGCCAAAACACAAAGACAAAGUGCUAGAAAGAAUAUCAACAGAUCUGCCCUUAAAAAUCACAGCAAAUUUGGUUGAUGAUGAAGGCUACUGGAAAAGAUGCUGCAAAGCACGCUGGGAAAUAUGUGAUGUUGCUGCUUUUGGCAACAACUGGAAAAGAAUGUACUUUGAAAGGAACCUGCAAUCCAUCAUUGAAAAUUUUAUCCCAGAAACAACAGAUAUUUCAGAAUUGAAUGAUACACUUCCUCUAUCUGCAAAUUAUGUUAAAAAGAUUGAUAUUCGUCAGUUACUUCCACCAGUCAGAGAGGCUCCCAAGGGACCUGAUUUUGAUGACUCUUCUGAUGCCGGGAGUGACACUGGAGAUGAACCGGAGUGUGACCACUUUAACUUUGGUCCUGUUCUUAAACUUCUCCCCAACAUUGAGGAGCUACAUUUGACAUAUGGCGUGAGAGACUGUGGUAUGAACUUUGAAUGGAAUCUGUUUAACUUCACUGCAAGAGACUGUUUACAGCUAGCACAGUGUGUGGCAGCCUGCAAAGGACUCAAAGUGUUCAGGCUUCACCGUAGUAAAGUGGACGAUGACAAAGUUCGUGUUCUCAUAAGUCACAUUCUGGAUCACCCAGGACUCACAGAACUUGACUUAUCACACAAUCUCAUCGGUGAUCGUGGUGCACGAGCCGUCGGAAAGUUUCUGAACAACCAUAGUCAGCUAGUUAAGCUGAACCUCUGUGAUAAUGACAUUCGAGCCGCAGGAGCACAGGCAAUCGCUCACGCUCUCACCAAGAACACUACCCUAGAUAUGUUGAACCUGCGACUGAACCGCCUCGGGGAUGAAGGGGGGCAGGCCAUCUGUCGCGCCCUAUUGCGUAACAGUACUCUGACAACCAUCAACCUCGGAAGUAAUGACAUGGCUGAACCAACAGCGGCCAUCUUGUCCCAGGUCGUCAUACAGAAUACAACACUCAGAUCCAUUGAUCUGACUUGUAAUAAACUUGCUCAGGAUGGUGGUAAACAGAUUCAGGAAGGUAUGGAGGAUAACACCUCGAUAACCCACAUGGAUUUGACUCUGACGGACAGUGGUCAGGAGGCCGAGUAUUGCAUCAAACAGAUUCUUCAUCGUAACCAAGAACGAGAACGGGAAUCCAAAAUCGUCGACCAGGCUCCGCCAUCCAAGAAAAUUCAGCCACAGGCUGCACAUAGAUUUAAACCCAUUGUGCAAAAAGCCUAGAUGUUUUGUUGAUGAUAAGACAAUGAAAGGGAGUUAUAGGGAUAUAUUUCUUUACACAAUGUGUUACUGUGGACCAGAGUGGAAUCUGCUGGACGUAUAUACUUGAUGCAGCUGUUUCGACACAAACAAUUAAGAAGUUGUUGUAUAUACAGCACAUAAAAGAAACAAUGGGAAAAUGUCAUGUUUAAGACAUUGUAUACGUUGGUAAGCACAAGGGUGUACAUGUAAUAAUGAUAUUUUCAAAAUUGCUUAUCAAUUGGGGUAAGGAGGGUGGCGGGGUGGGUGCCUGGAAAGGGAAAUAACUCUGCAAUCAAUUAUCUUUGUCAGGGGAGAAUUAUACCCUUGUUGCCUAUUUGUGGCAUGUGUAUCAGAUCCAGAGCAGUGCCAAAUUAUGAAAUUAUAAUUUGCUUAAAGGAAUUUGUAUGCAGCAUGCAAAAAUAUGUUGAUAUUGAAGCUAGGUCAUUGUAUAUAUGGUUAAAAAAAAUCCAUCUGUAAUAAAAUCCUGAAAAAAUCUUAAUAUAUCCUGCUUAAUUCUACAUUUAUGUGUAAAUUUCAUUUGUUAAUAAUGAAAAAUUAUGUUAGAUGCAGUACAAAUGUGCUAAAUUAUUUCCAAAUCUAGAGUAUCUAAAAUCUGUUUUUGUAUACAUGCUUUAGUGUGUGCACUGCAGAACAAAAGUUCUCUAUAAUAAUAUCAUGUAUCUUGAAGAUUGAAUUAUUUUGUUAAUAAACUUUAUAACUACAGAAAUUA